GAAGCCUUCCUCCUUGCAAUUACGAGUCGCGAAACACAGAAAAUGUCUCAAUAUAAUCACAACCAGCACAAUUUUCCCGAGGGCAGCGCAAAUCUCGACCCAAGUCAUCAGACCAACGUAGACCCUAGGACCCACAACCAUGGCCACCGCGCACCAGAGCCAAUUCCAGUCAUCUUCCCAAAUGCCGGUGACCUGCCCAGUACGCUUGAGCUAUCUUCACGAUCCGCCAGCCCCGACUCCGAUGGUGGCAUCGAGACAAACCACUCCAGCGCAAUACAUUGGGGCAAUAUUGAUGCCUUUACCCAGGAUGGCAGGUAGGCAAAUGGCUCAUAUUCCCCCACCUCUUCCUAAGAGCCUAUACUUGGAAUUGCGGGCUAACUGUAUACCACAUUUCCAAUCUAACAGCCCCUUGAGUCCCCUCUACCCAACCCCCUUCGCCACCACCGACUGCGAUCUCGGCCCUGACCCUCUCAGUUGCCGUCCCUGCGGAAUAAGGUGUUCGCGUCCGGCGGACUUGAAGAGGCACCUGGACACAUCCAGGGUGCAUUCCCGUCCAAAGGGGCCGAUAUGCCAGGAGCCCGGCUGCAAAAGCGCCUCGAGAUUCACUAGGGUCGAUAAUUUCAAGACUCAUUAUGUGAAUAUUCACGGCAAGAGUAGGGAUGAGGCGGAUGAGGUUAUCCGGGAGUGGAAGGCUCAAAACAAGCCCUAGGUGCUUGGCGUUGGGUGAGAGAUUGUGUUUUGCAAAGGCAUAGCGGUGAUGGAGUAAGGGGGGGCGGAUACGAGUAGAGAGUGAAUAUCCACGAAUCCCUCGAGAGGCUGGUUUGGGAUAAUUGGGCGUGGGGAUACACGCCAGUGACGGUAUCCCACGUCAAGGUAUUGGGGGCUACUAAUAUCUAAGGGGGGUGGGGUCGAGUCCAACAACACCGAGAAAUAGCUCAGCGGCUGAGGUUUGUCCUAGGAAUCAGCCUUCCCGGCAUCCCAAACUAUGUACAUAGCUUCUGAUAGCACUCCCUCAAAAACUAGCCAACUCCACUCUCUUCUACAAAGCACAAUAAUUAAUUAUUCUCAAUUUCCCUUCUUUGGAACCCGUAAAAUUUCCCCUGUUUUUGUGACCCUCUGCUCCCCAAUAAGCAAACAGAUAGAUCAGUCCAAAAAAGGAGCGCAAGAGCAUCAAAAACGCGAGUUAAGCCUGGGGAAUACGAGUACAUCAAGAGAAAAGCUCAGAAAAAAUGCGUCGGGCUCCUAACUUGCCAAUAGAGAAGCGAGGAUUGGCGAAAUUGAGGGGAAGGUGGCCUGCCUUUCUACCGUGAUGGUGGAGAAGGGGCCUUACCCCAAGGCUCUAAUUCGUCUUAGAAUUGCCCCCGUAAUAAUGUACUUUUUUUUUCCUGUA